AUGGUGGAGAUUGAAAGUUCUUGCAGGGUUGAUACUCGGGCCAAGAUUUUCCUGACGAUGCUGGGGAAAUAUCGGCGCUAUCGCGAUAAGUGCCGUGAGAUGCACGAGCGGCUGAAGGCGAACCCUGAUGCUCAAUCCCUCGGCGAGGAGCUGGAGAAGAGGGACCACCAACUGAUGGAGGCUAUCCGCAGAAGUAGUGUACUCGAGGAGCAACUUCGUGCAAAGAACGAAGAGCUUGAGCAGGGAAAAGGGGUUGCUGCAGAGUGCGAAUAUCUUCAGGAGAAGUUGAGGUCCAUGCAAUCAGAGAUGGAUCAAAACCUUACCAAGGUCGAUGCGAUGAGCACGGAGUGGAUGGGGAAGUUGACCGAGUUGGAGAGAAAAGUUGCCGAUUUGGAAAAUAUCGAGAGUGCUUGGUCAUCCGCUUUGGCGAGGGCUGCGGCUUUAGAGAUCACCAUCUGCGUCCUCCGAUCCGAGCAUGAAUCGGGGAGGGCGACGGCCACGCAGAAGGAAGUGAGGCUUGAGGAGCGCAUCAGUGAGAUUGACCGAGAGGCAUCGAUCCUAGGAGACCGGGUCGCUGUUCUUGAGGCCGAAAAGGAGCAAUUAUUAGCUCAAGUCGAAUCCUCCUCCGCCGCUGUUCCUCGUCAUUUGCACGAGCUUUGGGUUCAUGCGGAAGCCUAA